AUGUUCGGCGUUGGUGUUGGCGGUCUCACUCUGGGCAGCGGAAUCUCUUGGUUGAGCAACCUCCAUGGCAUGACAUGUGACAACGUUCUAGACUACGAAGUUGUCUUGGGCAAUGGCAGCAUCGUCACGGCGUCUCCCAACUCCCACCCUGACCUUUACUGGGCUCUCCGCGGCGGCGAAAGCAACUUUGGUAUCGUCACCAAGUUCACCUUCGAUGCCUAUGAGCAAGGAAAGCUGUGGACAGCUCAGCUGGAAUACGACGGCGCUGCCAACGCGUCCUCCAUCACAGCUUUCGACUACAACAAGGACGCUCUUCCGACUGGCACAGCAAUCCUCACACACGCCGACACCUUCACCAACAGCAAGCACCCUGCAGUGUUUGACGGGUUCUACAGUGCCGGGCCCAACAACAUCACAGAGACCAACGCAUACCACGCUGAGAUCGCCGACGGCCUCGUAUUCCCAGGUGGUGUGACCCGCAACUCCUUCUGGACGACCUCGUUCGCUCUCGACGCGGAAAUGAUGCAGACGGCCUUCGAGAUCUGGCGCGAAGAGGCUAAGGCCAUCAAGGAUAUUGCAACAAGGCACUUUGCCGAGCAAGAACGGCCCCUCGGGUUUUUGAACAUCAUCGCCAUGUGGAGAAACGCCGAGGACGACAAGAUUGUCUACGCCACGCAGCAGCGUAUUGAGGACCGUUUGAAUGCUGCCGCAAGAGAAAGGGGCCUACAUAACGGGUUCAAGUACACCAAUUAUGCCAGUCAGUUCCAGGAUCCCUUCACCAGCUAUGGAGCGGAGAAUAAGGCGCGACUUAUGAAGAUUGCGGAGGGCUAUGAUCCGGACGGUGUUUUCCAGAAUCUCGUCAGCGGUGGGUUCAAGCUCACGCGUGGACCGGAACAUGUCUAG